ACCAAACUCACCAGAAUAAUAAUAAUCAUCAUCAUCAUCAUCAGCUGCAACUCUUCUCUUUCCACUGAUCAUUCCAAACUAGCUAAUUUUCUUGUUUAACUCCUCUUCUUCCAAAAUUAAUAUUAAUAAAAUUAAGUUCUGAACAAAGAUGACCAUCGAAGACAUUACUGCGAAAACAGCGGCGGCGGCGCCGGCGGCACCCGGACACGGCCAGACGGUGUGCGUCACGGGCGCCGGCGGAUUCAUCGCUUCGUGGCUGGUGAAGCUCCUGCUGGACAGGGGCUACACUGUCAAGGGAACCGUACGGAAUCCCGAUGACGCGAAGAACGAUCAUCUGAGGGCGCUCAGAGGAGCCGCGGAGAGGCUCCUUCUCUGCAAGGCGGACCUGCUCGACUACGACGCGCUCCGCCGCGCCGUCGACGGGUGCCAGGGCGUGUUCCACACCGCCUCGCCGGUCACCGACGACCCAGAGCAAAUGGUGGAGCCGGCGGUGCAGGGGACGGAGAACGUGAUCAACGCCGCGGCGGACGCCGGCACGGUGCGCCGCGUCGUGUUCACCUCCUCGAUCGGAGCAGUCACCCUGAACCCGAACCGCCCGCCGGACGCCGUCGUCGACGAGUCCUGCUGGAGCGACCUUGACUACUGCAAGAAAACUAAGAACUGGUACUGCUACGGAAAGGCGGUGGCGGAGCAGGCGGCAUGGGAGGUGGCGCGGGGGAGGGGGGUGGAGCUGGUGGUGGUGAACCCGGUGGUGGUGCUGGGGCCGCUGCUGCAGGCGACGGUGAACGCCAGCAUCACGCACGUGCUCAAGUACCUGGACGGAUCUGCGAAGAAGUACACGAACGCCGUGCAGGCGUACGUGCACGUCGGCGACGUCGCGGAGGCGCACGUGCGCGUCUACGAGUGGCCCGCCGCCUCCGGCCGCUACCUCUGCGCCGAACGCGUCCUCCACCGCGAGGACGUCGUCCGCAUCCUCGCCAAGCUCUUCCCCGAAUACCCCGUCCCCACCAAAUGCUCAGACGAGGUGAAUCCUCGAAAGCAACCGUAUAAAUUCACGAACCAGCGUUUGAAGGAUCUGGGCGUCGAGUUCACGCCGGUGCCGCAGGCCCUUUAUGAGACAGUGAAGAGCCUCCAGGAGAAAGGUCACCUUCCGGUCAUUCCUUCGCAGAACUAAGUUCAAACUCUCGCUCGACUACGUGCCGUAUAAAAGCCGUCACCGCCGAGUAUAUAUAUCUCUACAUACACUGUAUUUAUUGUAUUUAUACUAUAUUAAGGAUAAUAAUGUUCGUGCUCGUAAAAUUUGUGUAUGUUUUACGUGGCAUAUGUUGUGCGUACUGUGCAUAUUAUUAUUACAUAGGACAAGUUAACCCUUUUCUGAUAAUACGUGAUGCCUUAUAUAUAUAUGUUCAGCAAAAUUUUAGAUGGUAAA